AGCCGCAGUUUUUUCUUCUAGUUUUUCUUGGCGCAGCGUUUGAAAACGAACCUCCCUCCCCCUGAUACAAGAAUCGUUCCACGAUGAGCGGGAGCGCUGCACUGGCGCCUCCAACGGCGGCGCUGCCGGAGACAGACGAGGAGCGACUGCUGUUCUACUCUGAAGUUCUCAUGGCAAACGUACCGACCCUCAUUGCCGACCUCGGCUCGGCCAAGUACACCUUCCUGAGCUUCUCCGGCAAGACGCGAGAGGAGGUGAGGCAAAAGCAGAACCUCAUUCAGUCUCUUGGCCGCAGCUUCACCUCCGUGACGGGGGCGAUGCGGUCCUUGCAGAAUGCGAAGAAAACACUGGAGGAGUACGAAACGAAGCUGAUGAAGGCGGCGCCGCCGCGGUUUGUGACGAGCGAGGAGGCGUUGCGCCUCACGAGCAGCAGUGACGCCGCGGCUCCCAUACCGGCAGAUCGCACCCCCGCGCUGUCAGACAACAUUCUCAUCCUCAUGGAGGAGGACAUUCAUCCUCUCCGUGCUGCCGAGGAUGCGCUCGAGAAGGAGACGGCGGCUUUGGCGGAGGUCACGCAGGCCUGCCAUGCGAUGGAAGGCGCCUUCGAAAAGGCGAAGAUUCAGUGUCAAGCCAUGACGGAGCACGUGCAAGGCUUGAAGUGGAAGUACGAUGCGGUAUACAAGGCCUGGAUGAGUGCCGUGCGGGAGAGAAAAAUGGUGGCGGUCAUGCGUGAUGAGCUGAAGGGACGGACGGCACUGAUUCGGGAAGCUGUGCAGGGCAGGAAAGCGAUCGAGGACGAAUGCAGUGCGCAAGAGCUGAGGAUCAUUCAGGACUCUAUCGUGAAGGCCGAGGCCGACUCCGCUGCCAUGACGCAGGAGUUAACGAAACAGAAGGCUCGUUACGAGGUGGAACUGGCCACCUAUCAGAUCGCAUACAAGGAGCAACAGGCGGAGGUGGAGAUGCUCCGUGAUCGGUGCAAGACUCUGCAGGCACACCAGCAUGAUCUGGAAGCGCUGGCCAAGAAGCAGCAGCUGGAGGAGACGGAUCGCAACAGUUUGCGACGGUUGGUGAUGGAGACGUUAACGAUGUCGCCAUCGAAGCGGGAGAAGGCGGCGGACCGCACCUUGACGGCGGAGCAGCAGACGGAAGUGAUGGUCGACCACCCGCUUGUGUCGCUGUUGGCCGCGCGCAUUUUUAUCCUCCAAGAGCAGCGCAAGACUAUUGGCGGCAUCUUGAUCAAUGCACGCGGCUUGGGGAAGAGCGAUGACGUGAGCAACGCCAUUGAUCGCAUCCAAGCGCUGCUUGAGCCAGAGAUUCAACUGGAUGAAGAGGCGUUAGCGAGCUAG